CUGAUGUGGUGAGGUCAUUUCACCCAGACGCAGGCGCUCUGGGUAGCUAGACCAGAACAUUUCGCCAUCAUCAUUUAGGGUGAGAAACGGAAUAAACUGAAAGACCACGGUAAUGUCGCCGAUAUUAACAUAGGAUUGUGAGAAACUGUACCUAACCGUGGAGGGAAAUUCUUAAGUGCCGUUGGGUCUAAGCCUCCAGAGUGAAGUGUGGUGCCCAGAGCAGAUUCCAGCUCCCUCUGGUCUGUUUCCAUAUGCUCGCAGCAGCUGUGGCCUGUGUCCUGCAGGAUGGAUGGUGUGGAUUUAAAGGGUCUCGUGUGUGUGCAUCAGCGCCCUCUGUUCUGUGACAGUGUUCUAUUCUUUUCUGUUUACAAGAGAACACCUCUCGUCCUCCACCCAGACUCUGAGCCCUGUCUGCAUAGUAACUGUCUUUGAGCAAUAAGCAGAGAGGAGAUUCUAGGGAGCUGUUGGAUUUCCCCCCCUAAAUCACCUAGAUACAAUUUCUUCUUACUGUAUGGAGGAGGCGUGAGUGUUUUUCCUUUGCAUUUCACGGUUAAAUCUCACCCACUCACUCUUGCUGUGGGUGGUGGGAUGACGGAAAAGCCCAACGAUAAGAUGGUGAAGUUCCUGGCUCCCCCUCCAAAGAGUGUAAAUGGUACCGGUUCUGGCUCGGACUCUCUGGUCGGUGAACGGCUAACAGCGGAUGUGAGGCGGCGGCACCACACCAUGGAGAGAGACCGCUGCAACCCAGAGCACCGCUUCUUACGGCGUAGCGUGAUCAGCGACUCCAACGCCACUGCCCUAGACCUCCCUCUACCCAGCAAGAUCCCAGUCCUGGCACCAACUGUGGCCCCCCAUCAGAGGGCCCAACCUGCCGCUGCUCACGUGACACGUGUCGAUCCAGGGGUAACUGUACAGUCCAGUGAGCGAAGAGGAGGAGGAGUGGUGAAGGUGGAUGUGGUGUCCGUCGACCAUAAAGCUGUGGUAAAACAAAAAGAUAUCUGUGACGGGGAGGUUGUGGUUGUCCAGUGUGCACCCCGACUGGCCUCCGAGCCACAAGGUCCAACAGCAGAACCAGGGGCCAGGGAGCAGGGGAAGGACAGGCCAGAGGGGAAGGACAGGCCAGAGGGAGAGGAGGAGGAGGAGGAGGAAGAAGACAAGGACUCUGCCAAGGCACGUGCGCAGGCGGAGCAGAGGGAGGCAGAGAAGAAGGUCCAGGAUGACAUCGAGGAGGCGGAGACCAAAGCAGUGGGGACGUCGCCGGACGGACGCUUCCUGAAGUUUGACAUCGAGAUUGGACGCGGCUCCUUCAAAACGGUUUACAAGGGUCUGGACACCGAAACCACAGUAGAAGUGGCCUGGUGUGAACUGCAGGACCGCAAGCUGUCCAAGUCGGAGCGUCAGCGCUUCAAGGAGGAGGCAGGGAUGCUGAAGGGGCUGCAGCAUCCCAACAUCGUCCGCUUCUACGACUCCUGGGAGGCGCCCUCCAAAGGCAGGAAGUGCAUCGUCCUGGUGACAGAGCUCAUGACCUCCGGUACCCUCAAAACGUACCUGAAGCGCUUCAAGGUGAUGAAGAUCAAGGUUCUGAGGAGCUGGUGUCGUCAGAUCCUGAAGGGCCUCCACUUCCUGCACACACGGGCCCCGCCCAUCAUCCACCGCGACCUGAAGUGCGACAACAUCUUCAUCACUGGGCCAACCGGCUCCGUCAAGAUCGGAGACCUGGGAUUGGCCACGCUCAAGAGGGCCUCCUUUGCCAAGAGUGUUAUAGGUACCCCUGAGUUCAUGGCCCCUGAGAUGUAUGAGGAGAAGUACGACGAGUCUGUGGAUGUGUAUGCCUUUGGGAUGUGCAUGCUGGAGAUGGCCACCUCAGAGUACCCGUACUCCGAGUGCCAGAAUGCUGCACAGAUCUACCGCAGAGUUACCAGCGGGGUGAAGCCAGGCAGCUUCGACAAGGUGGCCAUCCCAGAGGUGAAGGAGAUCAUCGAAGGAUGUAUUCGGCAGAACAAGGAUGAGAGGUAUUCCAUCAAGGACCUGCUGAACCACGCGUUCUUCCAGGAGGAGACGGGCGUGCGGGUGGAGCUGGCUGAGGAGGACGACGGGGAAAUGGAGGCCAUCAAGCUGUGGCUGAGGAUCGAGGACGUGAAGAAGCUCAAGGGGAAGUACAAGGAUAACGAGGCCAUCGAGUUCUCCUUUGACCUCGGGAAAGACAUCCCUGAAGAUGUGGCGCAGGAAAUGGUGGAGUCAGGCUAUGUGUGUGAGGGAGACCACAAGACCAUGGCCAAGGCCAUCAAAGACAGGGUGUCCCUGAUCAGCCGGAAGAGAGAGCAGAGACUGCAGGUCCGGCAGGAGCAGGAGAAGAGGAGGCUGGAGGAGCAGCAGUGUCCAAUCCCCCCCCAGCAGCAGGCCAGCACAGAGCCCCCCACGCCCGCAGCCCAGCCCACCCUACAAACAACCACCUACAUGCCUACUGUACCAGUUCCAGGGCUCCCCUACCCCCCCCUGUCCUCCAGCCAGGGCCUGGCCCCAGCCCCCGCCCCAGGCCCCACGGUUGUUCCACUCCAGCCAGGGCUGCAGGCUGAGUUGAAGGAGCUGGAUGUGGAGCAGCAGCACCAGGCUGACGGAACCCAGGCUGACGGAACCCAGGCUGACGGAACCCAGGCUGACGGAACCCAGGCUGACGGAACCCAGGCUGACGGAACCCAGGCUGACGGAACCCAGGCUGACGGAACCCAGGCUGACGGAACCCAGGCUGACAGAACCCAGGCUGACAGAACCCAGGCCAUCUCCCUGCUCCCAGAAGCUCAGGCCCCCCAGACUGCCGUGUCAUACACCUCCCUGCCCAAUCAGCAGCCUCAGAUUCAGCCACAGGUCUCCUACCCUUCGAGCCAGACUGACCAAUCACCGCAACAGGUUGUGGCCAGCCCUGCUCCACCUGUGGCUCCAAGCACCCAGUUCACCCCUGGAACACCCUUGGAGCAGGCGGCUCCUUCCUCCCAGCAGGUGGCUCCUUCCUCCCAGCAGGUGGCUCCUUCCUCCCAGCCUGUGCCCACUCCCCUACAUCAUCAGUCAGAGGGUAGCCCCGCUCCCACACCUCUCCAGCCUGGUGCUCAGCAUCUUCAGUCUUGGGCCUGUGAGCCCAGCCCUCCUAUCAUGUCUCCUCCAAUCAGCGUAGAGAAGCUGUGCUUCCAUGCCUCCCACCUGGCCAUGUUGCAGGCCCCGAGUACUGCCCAGACUACAUUGGUGGACCAGCCAGCAGGACCGACAGCUCUGGUGCCUCCAUGUCUGGAAAGCUGCCUGUCUGACGCUGCGUCCGGUCUGAGUGAUGGCAACGAGGGGACGGUGGGCGGCAGGCAUGAGGGACGCUCCCUGAAGAGACAUCAGCGCCGCUCGGUCCGCAGCCGCUCCCGCCACGAGAAGAUCACCAAGGCCAAGCUCAACGUUCUCAACAUCUCCAGCAUGGGGGACCGGGUGGCAGAGUGUCAGCUUGAGACACACAACAGGAAGAUGGUGACCUUCAAGUUUGACCUGGAUGGAGACAACCCAGAGGAGAUAGCACAGAUCAUGGUUCAGAGUGAGUUCAUCCUGGAGAGCGAGCGAGAGUCGUUCAUCGAGCAAGUCCGCGAGGUCAUAGAGAUGGCUGACAACAAAGGAGAAGGCAUGAAGGAGGGCUUCACCCAGUUGGUGAGUGAUUUACAGCAGCAGCCUGAGAUGUCCAGUCCUCUACUCGCAGGAGCCCCCAGCCUGGCAGCCCAGGUGGUCCACUCCGCAGGUCGCAGGUUCAUCGUCAGCCCCGUGCCUGAGUCUCGGCUCAGGGAGCAGUUCUUUGGCCCCCCCUCCGCUAACAGCUCCUUCAGUGACGAGCCUCCAGGCCUGGGCUUGUCCCUGUCUGCCCCCUCUGCCUGCCUCCAGCACGCCUUCAGUCAAAUGAAGCACGGAGAGAGACGAUCCACCCUGGGACACCCGCCUCAGGCCGACCCCACCUCAGACCUCUCCUCCUUGGGUUCCCCGGGCCCAGCCUCCCCUCCCUCUGGCCUGGCUCCUCCAGAGGCUACGGCUUCUUCAUCCAGCCUACCUGCAGUCUCUGUCAGCUCCUGUGAGGUGGCAUCUCUUGUCCCCUCCACACAGCCAGAGGCUGCAGCCAGAGUGUCCUCCACGCCCCUUCCUAGCCCGGCCCCGGCCCCUCCUCAUCCAACCCUGCCUCCCCAGCCCUCCUACCAGCCCGCCCCCUCCCAACCUGCCUCCCUCGCUCCCUACCCCCCUGCAGGUGUCUCUCAGCCCCCCCAAGCCUUCCCCCCUCAAGAGCCGCACAACACUUCUGGCCCCGCCCCCUCUUCCUCUGGAGCUCCUAACAGCACAGCUGCCACGCCCCCUGCAGACCAGCGGCCAGUUAUCGUCUCUGUUAUUUCCUCUCAAUCCAACACUGCUCCCGUGCCUGUAGUACAGCCCGCCCUCUCCCAGACUCAGCCUAUCCCAGCAUCUGUGCCUGUUGUACAGCCCUCCACCUCCCAGACCCAGCCUAUCCCUGUCUCUCUUCCUUCAACACAGCCCGCCCCCUCCCAGACCCAGCCUAUCCCUGUCUCUCUUCCCUCAACACAGCCCGCCCCCUCCCAGACCCAGCCUAUCCCUGUCUCUCUUCCUUCAACACAGCCCGCCCCCUCCCAGACCCAGCCUAUCCCUGUCUCUCUUCCUUCAACACAGCCCGCCCCCUCCCAGACCCAGCCUAUCCCUGUCUCUCUUCCCUCAACACAGCCCGCCCCCUCCCAGACUCAACCUAUCCAUGUUUCCAUCCCUUCAAUUCAGCCCUCCAAGAUCUCUGUCCCAGUUGUACAGCCCAACCCUUCUCAGACCCAGCCUGUCCCCACCUCCGUCACUUCAAUAAUGCCCGCCCCCCUGCAGCCUUCUCCUGCCUCUGUCCCUGUAGCACAGCCCGCCCCCACUCAGACCCAGCCAAUCCCUGCUUCCGUCCCUGUCGCACAGCCCGCGUCCACUCAGACCCAGCCAAUCCCUGCUUCCGUACCUGUAGCACAGCCCGCCCCCUCUCAGACCCAGCCAAUCCCAGCUUCCGUCCCUGUAACGCAACCAGGGUCCAUUCCCUCCCAGCUACAAUCAUCCAGCUUACAGCCCCAGCCCCAGACUGAGCCCCAGACUGGAGACCAGGAGGGGGCAGAGCUGCAGACUAAGACUCCUGGUAUAGACGACAUCCACGCCCUGGAUAAGAAGCUGCGCUCUCUGUUCAAAGACUCCCCCUCAUCUGACACUCCUAACACGGGCACCUGCUCGCCCCCCACUGGGACCACCUCGCCCCCGCCAGGAGCAGCCCUCCAGCCUCCCUCCACCCUGACCCUUCCCUCUGGAGCCCCUGUCCUUACCCCCGGGCACACCCCCACAGCCAAGCCCAGCCAAGCUACCUGCCCCCAGGUUUAUCCUGCUGGCCCUGACCAGGCUAUGACCCCCCCUACAGAGACUUUACCUCCAUUCCCUGGAUCAACACAGCAGCCCAUGGGGAGCCUGGGUGCCCAGCUGAGGAGAGCCCUGAGCCCAGAGACUGUGUCUGCUGGAGCCCCCUCCGCCAGUCCUGCCCCCUCCGCCAGUCCUGCCCCCUCCGCCAGUCCUGCCCCCUCCGCCAGUCCUGCCCCCUCCGCCAGUCCUGCCCCCUCCGCCAGUCCUGCCCCUGCCUUCCAACUGGGGCGCUUCCAGGUCAGACUGGUCUCUGUGGCUGUGGACAGCGCACCCCACACCUCCUCCUCCUCCUCCACAUCCCCCCUCUCCAGCCCGGAGAGCACGCUUCACCGCCGGUCCCCCCUGUCCAGGGGCGGGGGCCAGAGGGGGGACACUGUCGACGGGGAGACCUCCCACCCCGCUCCUCCUCCCACUCAGCCCACAACAAUAGGCCGCUUCCAGGUGUCUGCCAGUGCUAGCCCCGCCUCCGACCCCACCGACGGAUCAGGUUCUAAAGUGGGCCGUUUCUCUGUGACAGUGAGGCCAGAAGACACAGCAGCAGGCUCCGCCCCCACACUGCAAAACGGCCCCCCCUCCGACGCUCACGACCCUGCCCACAGCUCCUGUCACUGUUACGUCAGCAGCGACAACGAGGACUCUGGGCCGGAAGAUGAGGCCUUCCAGAGGGAGGUCAGCCGUCUCCAAGAGAAACACAUGAUGGAGAUCCAGACACUGCACUCCCGCCAGAAGGAGGAGAUUGACACACUCUUCUCCCGGCUGGGCAAGCCCCUCCCCUCGUCCGUCCUCUCCCCUGCCGUGGCCAUGGCCGGGGGGCGCCGCCGGCCCAAGAGCAAGUCCCCUCGCAGCAGCCAGCCCAGCUCCCUCUACCACAAAGAAGCCCCUGGCCAGACCUCCCAGGGUUCAACGUCCCCCGCUAAGCAGAGCUCACCCCCCAGAACGGGUGCCUCAGAGCCAGCGAGCCGCACCUCCCUGCAGACUCUCAAACCUUCCCCCUCCAUGCCCAGCCUCAGCACUGCCACCCUGGGGGCCAGUGAGACCAUCUCGGAAAGCGGACCAGGCCACAGCCAGAACUGCAGCAGCCAGACCCAAGGGGCAGGGCCCCAAAGCCGCACAGGGACCUUCACUGACGACUUGCACCAACUGGUGGACAACUGGGCUCGUGACGCCAUCAGCCUCUCCCAGGGCAAGAGGGGCUCCAAGACCGGAGGACAGGGACAUGAUAUGAUCCCUCCAGCCAACAUGGGUAGGAAGUUCUCAGCCCCAGGUCACCUCUGCCCCCCCCUGCCCUCUUCCACCCCCACCCCCUCCACCCUGGGAGGAACCCACCCUUCUGCCCCCCUGGGCCCCAGGAAGGGCUCCCUUGCUCCCACCCCCCAGGGCUUCAGCUACCCUGCCCCCUACACUGCCCCUCAGUGGACGGGGCCUUCCGCCUCCUGUCAGGUCAGCCUCAUGAACCCCGCCCAGUUCCAGGCCACUCCCCCUGGCUCUGCCCCCAGCUCUAUCCCCCUCCAGCAGGGCUUCCACAUGGGGGCCACGCCCACCCCCCAGAAGCCUGUGAGCAACCACACAGGCUCCAGCCUGAGACCCACGUAGCCCCGCUUCCCCCUGGGGGGCCGGCUUCCACAGGACUAAAACCACUAGCAUCCUUCAGACGGGCUGCUCCUGGGAGGGAGAGUGCAAUACAGACACUGCUGCCCUUCACUGAUGGGCUGGCUUCUCUGCCUGCGACGGUGGAAGGAGCUGUGAUUGGCUACAGGGUUGUCCUGGUGCCCAUGGGCCCUGCCCACAACGGCCAAAGUCAUCUAUUGAAAGCACCCAUUGUGAUGUCAUCAUUCCGCUGCCAGAGACAGGGCUGUGGGUCCUCUGAUCUGCACCUGGCCUUAAGCUUAACUAGGACAGAGGGGAGGACCUGAACGCCCAUCUGACUGGCUGACUGGAUUUAUUGGAUGAGAUUUCAGAGUUCUACUAAAUGUGAAAUGGUGUGUUGGGUUGUUGAAGACGUAAGGCAGUAACACUUUCAUUGCUGUGCGUUUGUUUCGAAGCGGAGGACGUAGGGGAGGUGAUGGGCUGGUUAUGGUGUACAGGAUCCCUAUUGGCCUCAUCGCUACUGCUGUUCAGUAAUGCAAUAAUGGUGGUGGCCCCUGUAACUGUGGCCUUAACAUAGUGUUUGUAUAUAAAUCUGUACUACAGGUUAUAUCAUCCCCAUGGUUACUCUGUGUUCCCCUUGCGGUGUUAUUCUGACGUGGUUACCUCCUGGUCAUUAGUGGGUGCUGGAACACUUGGGGAGUAGGGAGGGGGAGGAGCCAGCAUGGGCGGCUUGUGCUUCACCUGGAGCGUGCAUGCUGUUCGCAUGGAAAAGCGGCAAGUCAUGUUAAACUGACAACCUUACCCCAUCCUCCCAUCCCGCCUUUCACGGUCAGCUCCCCCCAUCCUGACGAGCCCGAGGGCGCUGUCUGGGGGUCGACAUGUUUAUUUAAGGAAAACAAUGUGUUCUUUACGGACCUGUAUUCAGCCAUCAGAUCUUGAUGUUGUUUCACUGUAAUUAUUACUAAAGGUUGUUAAACAACAUGUAGUUAAGGAAUAUAAAAGUGCAAUUGGAGGAGCAGCACAGGUCCAACCCUGUUCAUGGAGCUUUGAUCAGACACCAACCUGGCACACCUUUCUAACUUCCUGUGUAUAUAGAUUUCUAACUUCCUGUGUGUUGAGGUGGGGGGAGGACUGUAAAACCUGCAGAACACCUGUGCCUUGCAUCUACACUGUGUGUGUGAGUGAAUGGCUGAGCCUCCGCAAGUGACGGUCACACACACACGACCCACCCAUAUAGAGCACAUUGGGUUAAAAAAAAAUAUAUAUAUAUAAACAAAUGUUUAUUUCCUCCUUUCUCUACAACGGCAUUUACUGUAUGCAUCUUGUGUAUUACCUGUACAUUGUUUUAGCUGUGAAGGGUAAUAAUUGUAGGUAAUUUGUCUGAUUGUCUGGUACAAUGUACAUUAUCAAUACAGUAUUGGAAAACAUUUGUUUAUGCAGAAAAUGAGAUUUGAAGAAAGACUUAAGUUUUUGUUUACCUGGCACCAUUUGUCAAAGGUUUGUGCCAUCCCCAUAAUGAACCUGUAAACCUCCAUGACUGGACAACUACUUAAAACUUCUCUAGAGAAUAGUAAGUUACUGCAGUGCAGAAUAUGCAAUGUUUUAUAGGACAUGAGGGGGGGGGGGGGGGGACUUGCAUGCUGAGGAGGGUCGUUACUGACUUCAAUGUUUUGAUAGGGUUAGGGUUCUUGUUAUUCUUUGCCCUCUUGUUAGCGGGUCAUCACUUAAGUGCUGCCAAUCUGGUGGCUUGUCCCAGACGGUGUCUGCACAGCAACUCUGCAUGCUCGGUUAAACACCACAACACAUCACUAAACCCCCUCUUUACAGCACAAACUAAUAAACAAGCUGUCAACCUUUAUACAUAACUAUUUAUUUAUCCUAUGGUGGUUAAGGUGUUCCUCUGCUAUAACUCUGUCUUGCGAGGCUCCAGUCCCUGAGCUGGUUCCUGUUGUGAUCUCUGCUGUUCCUUCACGUCUAAUCUGGGCUUCUGUUUUUUUCCACAUUGUACAAAAUGUAAAAAAAGAGAUGAAUAAAAAUAAAAUAGAAAAUGUUA